UGGUAGCUUGCAGGUUGCCGAAGUUUAUGUGUUUGUAAUUUAAUGUUUAUAUCCGUUCUGUGCAAAAAAUAUUUGGGAUUCACGAUUGCGGAACAUAUUUUAGGACUGCUUUAUUUAUUUAAUAUUUAGUGUUAUUUACAUUACUGUGUGGUCAGGUUUCUGUUAAUGUUAUGGAAUUUUAAUUGAGACGACAGGAAACAUACAGAUUCUACACAUGUAUCAUCAUGGUGAUACUGUUAUUAGUAGAUCUGUUUAUUGUCUAUUCUUUACCUAAACGUGGGAACUCUGACAGUGUGGACAGCGAUUUUACCACACAUUUGAAGUUGCCUGAUGAAAUAAUAAGGUGAGGUUGGCUCUUGGAGGUGGUGGCAAGCCAUGUUUAAGACAGACUUGCACCAAGAACAACAGGUAGCGUACAGCAGCGCGGAGAAAGAUGUUCAGCAGCAAGCAGCCAUGUCGCAACAGGGCGAGAGCCUCGGUGUGCAGAAGUACCAAGUCCAGCUGCAGCAAGAGCAGGUGGAGGCAACAUGCAGCCAGGAGCAGCAGACUCGCGUGGCAGUACCCGUGCAGCUGCAGCAGCUGCAGACGUACUACGUGUCCCGACCGGAGCUGGCUGUCGCCCAGCACCAGCCGCUGGAUCAGGUGCAGAUGCAGCAGAUAAUCCAGCAGUAUAAGUACCAGGAGCAGCAUGUCAGGCAACUGGUUGUGCAUCCAGAGCAGCAGACAUUGCUGCAGGUCAGACAGUUACAGCAACAGCAGCAACAGCAGGAUGUGGUUGUGCAGCACAAGAAACAUAAGGUGCUACAGAAACAUCACUCGCAGUCGACACAAGUACAGCAGAAACAGCACCAUCACGUCCAGCAGCAACAUCAGCUGCAGCAGACACAUCUGUUGCAGACUCAGCAUUAUGUGCAGCACAAACCUGUGCAGGAUCUUCAGCUCCAAGUUCAGCAGCCCAAGUCAGAUGCAAACAAGUUGCAAGUGCACAUGCAGCAACCAAGCCAACAGAAGUUGCAGAUGCAUGUGCAUCAGCCAACCAAUCAGCCACAGCAAAAAAUACAGCAACCAGUGCAUCAGCAGCAGAAAAUACAGAAACCAGUUAAUCAGAAGCAAAAAAUACAGCAACCAGUCCAUCAGCAGCAGAAAAUACAGCAACUGGUUCAUUAUCAGCAGCAGCAGCAACAGCAGCAACAGCAACAGCAGCAGCAACAACAGCAACAGCAACAGCAGAAGAUGCAAGUGGUGGUGUUGAAGCACACGCAGUCACUGGAACAGGACGUGAAUCAGCAGCAGCAGAACUUGAAAGUGCAGCAUGUGUUCCUGCAGCAGCCUCAGCAGUCGACGUUCUCCGUGGUGCAGAUGCCCUCGACGUCCGAGCAGCAGGUGCAGACCAGCCCGGCUGGCUACUCCGUCACUGCUGAUGAGCACCAAGACAACACCAACAGAAUAGAUUCGGGUAAUGGCAUACUACAAGGCCAGCAGCGCCAAAUACUGAUAUCUCAGAUGCAACAAGUAUCAGAUGAACAGGAGUCGAAAAAGGUAUCGCAGCAGAUGAUGAUCUCCCAGGACAAGAUCAUAACUCUUUCUGAUGGUAGAAUGAUGCUGCUGUCAGAACUGCAGAAGCAGCAGUCACAUUGCCGCUCGACCACGGUCAUCAACGGGGUGCGCAAGGAGCAGCCAGGGGUGAUAACGGUGACGAGGAGCCAGUACUCGAGCCGCCAGACGCAGAGUACCGUCAUCUACGCCCAGCAGCACGGCCAACAGCAGCAGGUGAUCAAGGUGCACAGCUCGCAGGAGGGCGUACAGAGCCACCCCCUCCAGCAGUCCCCGGCAGAGGAGUCGCUGUGCAAGCUUUCCGACCAGCGCCAGUGUGACAGCUCCUCACUCGGCCAGUCGCCCGCGAAGACGUAUGUGGUCAAGCACCCUACGAAGAACACGGUGUUGCUAAGGAACACCAUGCAAGUGGGCACAGUAGUUUCUUCGGCGGCUGAUUCAGCAUCACAGAACUUCACCACGACUCAGAAUAGCAAAUCAGCUCUACCUGUGGCAGUAGUCCAGCCUGUCCAGUUGGUUUCUCGGGAGCAAGAGUUGAAAACUGUACGCAGAACCUCUCAUCACAGACAAACUCGGCACAUUGUGCUGCCUGAGCAACAGAUGACCAUGGAAGUUCAGGAUAGCAACAUUGUCUUAGAACAGAGAAAGCAGCAACAUAAUCUUCAUCAGCAUCAGCAGACACAGUUUCAUGCUCAGCAGCCAUCCAAGUUGCAGCAACAUUUGCAAGGUCAGUCCCAACAAAAGUUGCAGGUUAACUGUCAAGAUCUGCAACAGAAAUUACAAAUUCAGUUGCAAGAUCAACAGCAACUCAAAUUGCAGCAACAAUUGGAAGACAAACAACACAAGUUACAGUUACAUUUGAAAGACCAACAGCAACAGAAAUUGCAGAUACAUGUGCCAGAUCAACAGCAACAGAAGUUUCUUGUGCAAGAUCAACUGCAUUACAAAGUGCAGUUUCAAGAUCAGCUACAACAAAAAUUACAGGUACAAUUACAAGAUCAGCAGCAGUGCAGCUUGCAGGGUCAGCAACAGAAGUUGCAGUUACAUUUGCAAGAGCAGCAGAAUAAGUUCCAACAGCUGCAGGAACAGCAUCAGCAUAAACUGCAACAGCAACAAUUGACAGAGCAGAAACAAAGAGUUUCACAACAACAGUUAAAAGAGCAACAAUUAAUUUUGCAACAGCAACAAUUUCAAGAGCAGCAGCAAAAAUUACAGCAGCAACCAUUGCAGGAGCAGCAGCAACAAAAAGUGCAGCAGCAACACUUGCAAGAAAACCAUAAUGUACAUCAACAGUUUCAGGAGCAGCAGCAUCAUGCCCUACAAUUGCAGCAACAGCAACACUUGCCAGAAACACAACAGACUUUACAGCUUCACCCACAGAAACAGCAUUUGUUACAUCAUCAGAAGCAACAUUUGUUGCAGCAACAACAGCAGCAACAGCACCAGUUGCAGCAACUGGAGAAACACAAACAACUGCAGCAAUUAACACAGUUGCAACAACAGUUACAACAGCAGCAGUUCCAACAGCAGCAACAGCAGCAAUUACCGCAACAGUUACAGCAGCAGCAUUUGCAACAUCAGCAGUUACAACAGCAGCAGUUACAACAGCAGCAGUUACAACAGCAGCAGUUACAACAGCAGCAGUUACAACAACAGCAGCAGCAGCAGCAACAGCAGCAGCAGCAGCAGCAGCAGCAACAGCAGCAGCAGCAGCAACAACAGCAACAGCCAUUGCAGUUGCAGUUGCAACUGCAAAAUCAAGACUACGAAACACAUGUAAACCAAUUCCAACAACAGCAAUUUGAACAGGAGAAAGUGAAACAGCAUCAGCAGCUUGAAAUGCAGCAAAAGUUGCAACUGCAGUUGCAGCAUCAUCAUCUUCAAUUGAUUCCACAGAUGCAGGAGCGAGUGACCUCGGCAGAGUUCUGCCACGCGGGCCAGAGCAGCCAGGUGCCGCAGCAGUCGCUAGUGCUGCUGCUACACGGCGGUGAGAACGAGAUCUUGGGACAGUUUGUGGUCAGCAUCGACCCGUCCGCGGUAUCGACUCUCACUGGCGCAACACAGUUUAAGACGGAGCCCAUUCCGGUGGUGACGGAAGCUGUGCCGAUGGUGGAAAACGCUACGGCAGGUCCACCGGAGAGCGUGGCUCCCGCCGAGAUGUGCGACGCCUCCUCGGCGAGGCGCUGCAGCUUGCCGCCGGCCGAGGAGAGUGUCGGGUGCGGUGGGAUCAUCCCCCCACCGCCGUGCUCCGCUGCCUCGGCAGUCCCCCCGGCGUCCGAGGUGCAGUCGGCCCGGGGCAAGGAGCCGGACGACGUCCCGUCCGCGGUCAAGUGCUGCAUGGAGACCCAGACCAAGGAGUCUGUUUUUGUGCAAUGCAAUCCUCCUUCGGUUAAUGUUCCUGUUUCAAAUGAUGAAAGUGAAAAUAGUGCAUCUGCAUCAAAGAAUUCAUCAUCACUUCCUGCUCAAGAGGAUCCGGAAGCGAAACCACCUGCCAGAGAGGAGCCGAGGUACGUGGCAGGAAUGCUGGCAGUGUGUCACAACUGUGGCUACUUGUCGUCGGAUUUCAAUAAGUGUCAGCGCUGCAAGAAGAAGUUGGCCGAUAGUGUGAAGUCAGUUUCCAUCACUGACAUGUUGGCUCGUUGUAAAAGAAGCAGCAGUGCAGAGAUUGUUGAGAAGGAGGGACAGCAGGCGGAAGCCGCUCCAGCCGCAACCCCCUCCACCCCUGUGAAGACUGAGCAGGCUGCGGAGACCCCCAAGACCGCCAGCAAGCAGAGUCGCCCACCUGCGAAGAGGCGGAAAGCCAAAGUCAUUGACGAGCCUGUGAUAUUGACCUUGUCCUCGGAUGAAGAAGAUGCUCAAAGUGGAAGGGAUCUUUCAGCUGGCCAGAGUUCAUCUAAGGCAGAGGAGUUAUUCAUCAAGGAUAGACACUUGUGCGAAACUAAGAACUUGGUCAUCGACACUCCUCUAGGUGACCCAGCCAGCAAUAGUGUGUCACUGCAUUGCCGGACAGUCAGGAUUGGCUCCUACAAGGCUGUGCCAAAGGAAAAUGUAUUUAUUUCAUCAUCUGUUGUCAAAAUGAUCUUGCCGAAUGUUCAAAAUGACUGGAAAUACGUGACUGUGGAGUUGACAACCGCACAUCUCAAAGGAGUCCUAAUGCAUUUUGGGAAAAGCAUGCCUGUGUUGUUCUACUAUGCCUACUCUACAAUUGGAGAAAGAAUUAGAUCACUGCUUGGCAUGCGGCCACAUCAAGAACCUUACUUCAAUCCAGACAGUGAUGAUGAAACACACACCAGAAUUACUCUUUUGCCGGAGAAAAUGGAGGACGACGUAAAGCGCAUAAUAUUAAGGCUGUACCCACCUAGUAUGAGAGGCGAGCUCACCACUAAAACAGCAAAUGCCAUUCUUGUCAAAUCCUCACCGAGAGAGGUCACUGCAGAUAAGCCACCUUUAGGAUCUGCUACUUCUAACAAAAUUAAGACUAUAUUGAUCUUCCCGCCACCGCCUAUUAAAGGAGGCAUCCCAAUCAGCACAGACGACUACGCCUGCCUUGCGCCAGAUCAGUUCCUAAACGAUGUCAUCAUUGACUUCUACCUAAAGUACUUGACGCAAGUUAUUCUGAAGGUUGAAGAUCAAGCAUGCACACACGUCUUCAGUUCCUUCUUCUACAAGCGGCUGACGACGCGGCCCCCCUCCGUGCGAGGCAGGGUGGAUCCUAUCGAAGAUAACCCCUCCCUCUCCCCAGCGGAGAAGCGUCACAGCCGGGUCAAAAGCUGGACCAAGAAUGUUAACAUAUUCAAAAAGAAGUUUAUCCUCAUACCAAUCGUUGAGCACAUGCACUGGUUCCUGGCGGUCAUAUGCUUCCCUGGAGAGAUGGGGCAGGUCCGCAUGAGUGACAAGUCUCCCGUGAAGAAGAAGUGCAUGACGCGCAAGUCUGCGAGGAGUGCGGCAAAGAAACAGGAAACAGGCGCUAAACAGAUGACAGCUGUAGGAGAUGAAAAUGAUGCUAGCUCAGAGAGAGAUGAAGCUGAUGGGGAGGAUGAAGACAUCGACCAAAAUAGUAGUGAUGAUGAGGUGAGGAGCUUUGGUGUAUUAAAGAAGUUCAGCACACGCUCUUGGUGUGUUUGGCAGGAGGAAGGCGGGGAGGACCCGGCACAGCAAGGACAGGCAGAGAAAGUUGCUCCGAGCCAGGUCGCACCUGCCCAGGCCCCAGCUAGUAAAUCUGGGAAACAAAAGAAGCCAGCUCGUGAACCGAUCAAGCAGCCCUGCAUUCUGAUUUUUGACUCGCUGAGCGGCACCAGCCGUGUCAGAGUGGUGGCCACGCUGAGAGACUACUUGCGCGUGGAGUUCAAGGUGAAGGAAGGGAAGGAGCGUGAGUUCUCCAAAGACACCAUGAAAGGUGCAUGCCCCAAAGUCCCACAGCAGACCAACUUCACAGACUGUGGGCUGUAUGUCUUGCAGUUUGCAGAGGCAUUUUUCAAGGUAACAUUUUCUAUGUGA